GUUGAAACAAAGCCCUUCAUAUUGCCACUGCCACUGGGGGUGCGUAAAAGCACUUCAUCACUGACUUGAGGGAGCCGUUUAAACUUAGUUAGCUAGAGCAGGCGGUUUAAACCACAGGACGCAGCAUCUUGCUCCGGUUUGCUUCGAGUUUGUAUCUUUUUAAACAGAAGUGAGUACAACUACUGGCAAAUUGUUGUAGAGAGUUUGUUUGGGUACUUUGCAGUGGCAGCACUCUUUCUUUAAGGAUGCUGAGCUGAGUAUGGGAACAGCUGAAAGCACAAAGAGAAAACAAAAGUCAGCUAAUCCAGUCACUGCACAGAGGGAACCAAAUUCCUGCACCAGCAUGGCAGACCAGAAAGACAAUAUAGAUGAUUUUAAAGUCCAGACAGCUAAGCACCCCAAUAUCAGCUCGGCCCCAUUACGGCCACAUAGUGAACAGUCUAAAGACCGGGCAUCCAAAAGGCUUUCGACCGAGUCCAAUGGGACCAGCGAUGGAGGUGUCGGCUCAUCUACACCAGUGGAGAUUACUGCUUUGGAAGAAUCAUUUCGACGCUUUGCCGUCCAUGGCGAUACUCGUGCUACCGGCAAGGAGAUGCACGGCAAAAACUGGUCCAAACUCUGCAAGGACUGCGGAGUGAUUGAUGGCAAGAACAUCACCCUCACUGAUGUGGACAUCGUCUUCAGCAAAGUCAAGAAGAAAUCCUGUCGCACAAUCACAUAUGAUGAGUUCAAGGCUGCGAUUGGAGAGCUGGCCAGGAAGAAAUAUAAAGACAAGAGUGGAGAGGAGGCUGAAGCUGAGGUGUUCAAGCUGAUAGAGGGGAAGUCACCAGUCAUUUCAGGAGUCACAAGAGCCGUGGCUUCCCCAACAGUCAGUCGUCUUACAGACACCACCAAGUUUACAGGGUCGCACAAGGAGCGUUUUGACGAAACUGGCCGCGGGAAGGGUAAGGCUGGACGAGUAGACAUAGUUGACACUUCUGGAUACGUCUCGGGAUACAAACAUCAAGGGUCAUAUGAAAAGAAGGUGACCAAACCCACUGCGGGCAGACCCAUGUGAGGGCGAAGAUAAGAAAAUAAACAUUUGAUCAACUACUAGGAUGAUUUUCUAUUAAAAGGUUACUCAUAGAAAGCACAAAAGCAUAGGAUUUCAUAAAAUUUCCCCAUCCAUCUAUUUUGUGUGCGUGUGUGUGAGCGAGAGAGAUGUUUUUGAGUUCCUCUCUUCGUGAAGUGUGAGAACUGGAAAACUGUUUACAUCUAUUUUUACAAAUUCAUCACCAGCUGGUACAUUCCUGUCGGAUAGCAAGUUACUGCCAAACACUGAAGAGAACAAAUGAGAGAAAUUGCUUUGCUAUGACUAUUGAGGCUUUGUUGUUAUGAUAGGGCCUUAUAUUUAUUGAGCACAAUGAGCAACAUGCCAAGAAAAACAAAAGUGGGACAACAGUUUGUUGAAUUAACAUUUGCACUUUUUAAUAGAAAUGUUUGUUCCCAUGUUUAGCUGAUUACACAUAUUUUUUUUUUUAGCAUGUUUUGCAGUUUCAAAGAUAAUUGGCACCCAUUUUUGAAAUUGAUGUUUUUCUUUUGAAAACCUUAAUUGAAUUCAGAUUUCAGUGUUAAGUGUCUGUCUGCCAUCUGCACUUGGUAACUGUUUUGUCUUUAUAAAAUCUGCUGUUUGUUGUUAUGAGCUCAUACUGUCAUUUCAAUAAUAUGCCUUCAGCUCAAACCAGGUUUUUUUUUUUGUGAAAGUAAGUGUAGUCACACAUCAGACUGAACAUUUGUGACCUCUACCAUGUCUUCUAGGUUUUGUAAAUACAUGUUUAAAAAAAAAAAAAAAAACAGAAAACAAAAGCUCUACCAUGAAAAUUUUAAUGGGCUUGCUUACAGCUCUCAAACAAAACCUAAAAGAACUUUCCAGCCCCUAACAUACCAUAUUUUAUUAAAUUAUACACAAACUGUUUCGCUAACAUGCAUUUUGAGUAAUAAAUUGGUAAAGAGAGAGCUCUAACCACAGUAGACAAGCUUAAUUGUACAAGAUUGUAUUUUUAACAUUUUACUUCCAGAUCAGAUUUAUAUACAGUAGUUCUAAUAUAUUUGUGGUAAGAUUGUGUAUAUUCUAAAAAGUCAUAGCCACAUUAAUUUAAGACACUGGUUUCAAGUUUUAAAAAAAUUUUUAUUUCUUAUGUAUUGCUGUACUUUGUGCAUGUUAUGUAUAUUGCAUUUGAUUCAGAAGCAUAUAGAUGACAUUAGGAGUUUGUCAUUUCAUAUUGGAACUGCUGUCUGCUGUGAGGACAAACUACUGGACGGACUUCAAUGUUUUGUUGCUAAAAAAAAAAUAAUAAUUAAGUAAUGAAAUUGUGAGAUGAUAAAAUCUUGUAUUGCUUGAAAUCAAUAUGUAUGAACUUGUACGUGUACAAAGUCAGCUAAUGCUCUAAAUAUUUGUUGAAUCUUUGUGUGCUGUCAUCCAAGGCACAGAUUUAAUUGAAAAAUGCAGGGUUUUAAUGUUUCCUUACACACUGUAUCAGAUAAAGGGAAAAUUGCAAACAAGUAAUCUACUUUUCUAGAAUAUUUUUCCAGGAUAAUGACAGUUUCAUGUCACACACUACCUGGUAGCUUCAGCUGAUGAAGACUCAUGCAUCAAGUGCAAAACUAGCAGCUGUCAGUGUGUUCUUUGUCUGCUGCAGUAGCUUGAGUAUGAUCUGUUUUCUGUGCUUAACGCCAAAUACUGUGCACCUUUAAUGUGGAGAAACGAUAUUGUCUUUUUUUUUUUUCUUCUUCAAAUAACUUUUAAAUGUACUAUUGUGCCCCAGUGCAUGCAGUGUUUUCUCUUUUUGUUCUUUAGAUCUCUUAAAGUGUGUUCAUGAUUUGUAGUGCAUUACUGAAAAAUAAUAAUAAUAAAAAAAGAAAAACACCCCUCCUACCC